AGGCGGAGGGUGAGACAGACCCUGCCCAGAGCUCCAAGUGGCUUCCUGCUGCUUGCCUCUAAACCCCUCCACAUUCCUGCAGCCCUUCAGACCGCCAGAACUCUUCUGCCGCCUGCCUGCCUGCCUGCCUGCCUGCCUGCCUGUGCCGAGAGUUCCCAGCACCAUGAGGGCCUGGAUCUUCUUUCUCAUCUGCCUGGCCGGGAGGGCCCUGGCAGCCCCUCAGACGACCGAAGUUGCUGAGGAGAUCGUGGAGGAGGAAACCGUGGUAGAGGAGACAGGGCUACCUGUGGGUGCCAACCCAGUCCAGGUGGAAAUGGGAGAGUUUGAGGACGGUGCAGAGGAAACUGUCGAGGAGAUGGUGGCCGACAACCCCUGCCAGAACCAUCACUGCAAACAUGGCAAGGUGUGUGAGUUGGACGAGAGCAACACCCCCAUGUGUGUGUGCCAGGACCCCACUAGCUGCCCUGCUCCCAUUGGCGAGUUUGAGAAGGUGUGCAGCAAUGACAACAAGACCUUCGACUCUUCCUGCCACUUUUUUGCGACCAAGUGCACCCUGGAAGGCACCAAGAAGGGCCACAAGCUCCACCUGGACUACAUCGGACCCUGCAAAUACAUCGCCCCCUGCCUGGAUUCCGAGCUGACUGAAUUCCCUCUGCGCAUGCGUGACUGGCUCAAAAACGUCCUGGUCACCUUGUACGAGAGAGACGAGGGCAACAACCUCCUCACUGAGAAGCAGAAGCUGCGUGUGAAGAAGAUCCAUGAGAACGAGAAGCGCCUGGAGGCUGGAGACCACCCUGUGGAGCUGCUGGCCCGAGACUUUGAGAAGAACUACAACAUGUACAUCUUCCCUGUCCACUGGCAGUUUGGCCAGCUGGACCAGCACCCUAUUGAUGGGUACCUGUCCCACACUGAGCUGGCCCCACUGCGCGCUCCCCUCAUCCCCAUGGAACAUUGCACCACACGCUUCUUUGAGACCUGUGAUCUAGACAACGACAAGUACAUUGCCUUGGAGGAGUGGGCCGGCUGCUUUGGCAUCAAGGAGCAGGACAUCAACAAGGAUCUGGUGAUCUAAGUUCACGCCUCCUGCCGCAAUCCUGAACUCUC